UUGUCUUGUUGCUAUUAUCAAUUUAGUAGGCGUAUCUCUUAAUUGAAUAGCUCACGUGAAGCAAGUCUAUUUCAAGCUUUGACUUGAUUGCAUGCAACUUUAUCUGCAAAUCGACAUCAAAAUGACAAGCUGCUCUUUUCUGCCAAAAGAAGAGAAAGUUGUGCGAGAGAGACAAUCAAAUGAAAUGGAGAACUGCGGCAACAAAGCAAGCGGAUCGAGGAUCUGUUCUCUAUCAAGUCGGAAAUUUGGUCUUCCUUGUUGGCCUCAUGAGUUCUUGUCUUUCUCGAAAUCGAUUACCAUUGAAAAUGUUGUCGUUGAAGAAAACAACGACUUAGAAGCACAAAUUGAGUGUUACACACUCCAGAAAGGCCGCCACUCCAGCUUAUGUUUGAGACGUACACGUGGCGCAAAUCCAAAUCAAGGAGUGCUAGUAGAACUGUUUGUUUUGAAAGUCGGUGAGACAAAGAAAUGGUUGGUCCAGAUGCGAAGUCACAACUGGGACCUUGAAGAAGAGGGCGUGGUAGCUGGAACGAAGGCGACUUCAACACAUGAGUGGAACAAGGCUACACGACUGAAUGCUAUUGCAAAGCUUGCUAACGAGUUUGGUACAUAUAAACUCGUAACGAAUAAUUGCAAGCAUUUCAUUGAAAAGCUAAGGAAUAUCAUCAUUAGCACGAAACCGCCUCCAGAUGCACUCCGUAAAAAAGAACUUCUGGCGACUUGCAGAACAUAUGGAAAAAGUGUAUGAAGUGAAGCUUAUGCAGGUUUGGCGUCAUCAGCUUUAUUCUCCAUGUAAAGAAGAUCUUGAGGCAAAACCUGAUGUUGAUGUCACAUGAUGACCGUGAUUACUGCAUGCAUGUAUUCGACAUGUUUUGGUUAUUUGCUAAUAGCCGAUGUGGUUAGAAUACUAUAGAGGUGCAUGGUACUGAUGAGCUGGUGUACUUUGUAUCGUGUACGUACACACGUUGGUGUCUACUAGCUGUAUAGUAGUCGCUUUUCUUUGACUUUCGUAAGGAUAAACCU